AUGGCCUCCACCACCAAUCACCCCAGACCGCCUCAGUACCACAACCCAUCCUGUCUGUCCCCACAACAACGCACACCCCGCCUCAUCACAGCACUUUCUUUCCUCCCCGCCCUGCCGCUGCUGAUUGCUCAUGGGGUGAUAUCCCAGAAUGCCAUUCCUGCUGUUGGGCUCGCGCCGCUUUUUGUUUCGGCUUGCGUCGGUGUUUUUAUUUUGCUGCAGCUGAAGAAGAAGGAGAGGAGGCAGAAGAGGGCGGUGAGUGGGGAAGGGUAUGGGGAUGAUAUUGAGGGGCAUGGGAGACAGCAUGGCCAGCACGGCCAUCGCGGGAGGAUCACGCCUUCUGAUGAUGACGAGGAUGAGGCAGAAGAGAAAGACUCUGUGUUUACCCAUCGGAUACUAAUCUUUUUGGUGGAUGCUGGCUUGGCGGCUGGGUUGUUGGUUGUGUUGGGGUUGACGGUUAUUGAGACCAUCACCGGAAAGCCUUAUCAUCGUGGCAAGCCUGCGGAGGAGGGUAGCGAUGAGGGCGAUGUGCCGAAACCUGAACCUGGGCCUGAAGUUGUUGAUGAUCUGAGAAGGGCGGAGUUGGUGAUGCUGGCUGCAUAUGGAACGAUUCCUUUGCUGGUCAACUUUGGCAUCCAUUUUUACAUGGCAAUCAGAGAGCUGAUUGCUGGCUUGGCUAUUCAUGGCUUGAUCCAGUACACCGCUUGGCAAGUUCUUGACCCUGACUGCCCGCACUGCGGUGGCAGGUUGAGGCCGGAGCACACGCCAGAUAUCCCAUGGUAUGAGACGGUUUCUGCGCCUUCCUUCGCAGUGCCAAGCGUUGCGUUGCCCGAGGUUCCUGCUCCGAAUGUCACAAUGCCAAAGUGGCAGUGGAAGACCCCGUCUUGGCUGUCGAGAAAGCAGAGCGAGGACUUCUCUGGCGCAGACCCGGAUGCCAGGCUGUUUGUGGACGAUGGGGACAGGUAUAGGGACGAUACCACUGAGGACGAGGCAGCAUCCACGACUGGCAUUGUUGCUGGCACUGCAUCCGUGGGCCCAGGCCCUGUUGUCGAAGAGGUCGUGAAGGGGAAGAAGGACAAGAAAAAGAGGUCUUCAAGCGGUUCGGGGUACUACGAGGAUGAGGCCGGGUGGCCCUAA